UAUUUUUUAGUAUGUUUUUGUUCAACUUUAAGUAUCUGGAUCAACCUUAGUAUAAUUUGAGUAUUUUGAAGUAUAAUCUUUUUCAACCUAAAAGUAUCUUGUUAACCAAAGAAUAAUUAAGAGUAUAAUUUUGUUCAACUUUAGAGUAUCUUGCUAAACCUAAGAGUAUUUUUUUUUGUGUUUUUUUGUUGUUGAACCCAUUGGAGUAUCUUGUUCAACCUAAGAAAAUGAAGUUAUCCUAAACUUUGUUGCUCUUAUUUUAGGUCAAACAAUUCAGCAAAAAAUACAAAUUGGUCUUUUUUCUUAAACGGUGGCAUGUAAUUCUUUUAUUGAAUACACACGUGUGUGUGAUGGGAUUAAAUGUUUGUUUCACUAAAAGAUCCCUUUGAACACACACACACACACACACACGCACAUGCACGCGCACACACACACACACACACACAUUAGCAUCUGUUAUCUGCCAAUUAUCAUACAUUAGUCAACAACUGCUUUCAUUAGGACAACAAUAGCAGAGCAUAGAAAAAUGACUUUGUUGUUUUCUUACUGCAUGUGAGGAGGAGGAUGCAGAUCACCUGAGCAGGGACGAUGCCAGCCUCACCAGCCGACUUCGGAGCCUUCUUCCUGGACCGUAGCGUGCCGGGUCUGGGCUACCAGCUGCCGGUGCUGGGGGUCCAGCAGCAGCAUCUGGCAACCCUGGCGGCCGCUGUGCCCGUCACUUACUCCGGACUACACGGAUACAACUUCAUCCCCUUGGCGGCACAACAACACCACCACCACCACCACAGACACCUCGCACACUUGGGCAACAGCUUUGACCUGAAGACCACGGCCGCCUCCCCCUACCACCACGCUCUUUUGGCGCGCGGGGGUCCCUUCUUCUCGCCCUACCGGCCCGGCACGGCCGAGGAGCCCGGACGCGGCAGCGCCAAGGUGGCCACCCGCGAGAGCACGGGGGCGCUGAAGGCGUGGCUCAGCGAGCACCUGAAGAACCCUUACCCCACCAAAGGUGAGAAGGUCAUGCUGGCCAUCAUCACCAAGAUGAGCCUGACGCAGGUCUCCACCUGGUUCGCCAACGCUCGCCGCCGCCUCAAGAAGGAGAACCGGGUCAGCUGGGCCUCCUCCAGGUCCAAGUCUGACGAGGAGGACGAGGAGCAGGAGAGCGAUGAGGACGAGGAGGAGGAGCCUCUGAAGAGAAGUGAGGAUGAGGAGCAUCCUGCAGAAGGAGCCCAGGAGAAGACCUCGGAGGCCACCACGCAGCCUCCGCCUGUGGACUCUUCUCCGGACGGCAAAGACACGCCCAAACCCAAAAUCUGGUCCCUGGCCGAGACCGCCACGUCAGAGUCGGCGAAGACGGAGCGCACGUAUCAGACCGCCGGCAGGAUGUGGGCGGAGUGGGCGUCCAGGGGCGCCCUGGUGGUCCCCGCCUGCUACGCCCAGAGCCACUGAGCAAAGCCCUUGUGGACUAAAGCAUUGACGCACUUUAAUACACCAAAGAUGUUUUAUGUAAAGAAAUUAUUUUUUAUAAACAUGUAAAUUAUCUUUCCUUCUCUCCAACAAAUAGUUUUACUUCAAUAAAAUUUCAUUCAAAACAAAAAA